AUCCGACUAGGCUCCUUCCUCGUGACGUGGUGGGACCGUCAGCCCGGUGGUAAAAGGAGCUCCAGACCCGGAAGAAGCGAGUAGGGCUAGAAAGUGUAAGGUACAGAGUGUGUGGAUAGUCUGGACUGGCAGGGGAUGGGGCAAUGCAUGUGUACUGUGUAUUAUUAGACAGAUUGUGGCUGUGUUUUUCAUGUUGAAACAUGAAUGACAGAUACUGCCCACUGGCUGCAGGAAACAACCCUUUGUUAUUAGGUUGAGUACAAUGUGCAUUCUGGGUGACUAAGGAGUCAGCAUGUUUAUUAGUUGUAAAAUGCAGAUAUGCUCAGCAAAUAGCCUAGCUUACAAUCCUCAGUUGUUGCAGGACUACAACUCCCAUUAUACCUUACCAGCUACAAGGCUGCUGUGCUGCUAAGAUGUUCCUCUGGAAAGAUGUACAGUAUCUUGCUUAAAUAGGUUCUCUGCUGGGAGUGGGUGGGCUACUAAAGUCCUGAAAAGUCAAUAUAGCAUUUAUGCUAAACUCACCUGCAUGUAAAAUCAUUAACCCUUUCUCUUGCAAAGAGCAGGCUGUCUCUUUAACUCCUUAAGGCAGGGCUUGACCAAUUUUGCUUAGAUUCUAGGAGCCAGCUAAAAAAGUUAGGAGCCAGUUUUUUUUUUUUUUUUUUAAGGGGCACUAUAGUCACCAGAACCACUACAGCUUAACCCCUUAAGGACAGAGUCAAUCGUGCACCUUCUGAUCAAAACAAAAACUGGAAUUUGCGCUAUAUGUCUGUUCAACCGUAAUUCACCGCUGUCACAUUAAGUGCACCCACACUUAUUAUAUAUAAUUUUGUUCAGGAGAAACAGGGCUUUAAUUUAUCAUUAACUAUUCAUAUAUGGAACAUAAUUUAUUAAAAAUGUGACAAAAGAUUUUAUUUUUUUUGUAUUUCUGUCUGACAUUUUAGCUGUGAAUGUCAUAAUACUGUUAGGUUUUACUGCCAAAAAAUGCACAUAUUUGUAAUCGGCGAUGUCUCACGAGUACAACAGUACCCCCCAUUAACAGGUUUUAUGGUGUUUUUGAAAGUUACCGGGUCAAAUAUAGAACGUUCCAUUUUCAAAUUGAAAUUUGUCAGAUUAGUAAUGUUACCUUUGAAACGGUGUGGUAGCCCAGGAAUGAGAAUUACCCCCAUAAUGGCAUACCAUUUGAAAAAGUAGACAACCCAAGGUAUUGAAAGUGGGGUAUGUUUAGUCUUUUUUAGUAGCCACUUAGUCACAAACACUACAGGAAAUGUUACGGCGUCCUAUGCCGCCACAACGGCUUUAAAGCCCACUUAAUGCGGGGCGGCAUAGAACGGCGUUAACGGGUUAAUGUAGUGGUUCUGGUGCCCAUAGCCUGUCCCUGUAGUGAAUUUUACCCAUACAGAACAUGUGCAAUAUCCUCCCUAUGCUUUCCUAUGGGAAGGCAUUUGCUUAGCUGAGAUCAAAAAGAUUGAUGAACUCGGCAAUGAAGGCCACAGUAAAACCUGCACAGUGUAGGAAAAAAAGGGUGAGUAAAAACACCAAUCGUGAUCGAUGGUACCUAAACAGACACACACACUGACAGAAGCAUAGGCACAGGCACACUGACAGAGGCAUAGGCACAGGCACACUGACAGAGGCAUAGGCACACGCACACACUGACACUGACAGAGGCAUAGGCACACGCACACACUGACAGAGGCAUAGGCACACACACACUGACACUGACAGAGGCAUAGGCGCACACACACACACUGACACUGACCGAGGCAUAGGGGCGCACACACACACACUGACAGAGGCAUAGGCACACACACACACACUGACAGAGGCAUAGGCACGCACACACACACUGACAGAGGCAUAGGCACGCACGCGCGCACACACACACUGACAGAGGCAUACACACACACUGACAGAGGCAUAAGCACACACACACUGACAGAGGCAUAGGUACACACUCACUGACAGAGGCAUAGGCGCACACACACACACUGACAGAGGCAUAGGCGCACACACACACACUGACAGAGGCAUAGGCGCACACACACUCACUGACAGAGGCAUAGGCGCACACACACUGACAGAGGCAUAGGCGCACACACACUGACAGAGGCAUAGGCACGCGCACACACUGACAGAGGCAUAGGCACGCGCACACACACACACAUUGACAGAGGCAUAGGCACACGCGCACACACACAUUGACAUACACACAUACACUUUCUCAAACACAAAUUUAAAUUUUUAUUUUUUUUUAUCCACCCAGCGUCCCUACCUUUUGGGAGAGCUGAGUGGACGUUCCCUGGGGUCUAGUGGGGCUGCUCUCUCUUCCUGUGUGAGAGGGAGCAGUAAUCUACCAUGCAGCUACUCUCUGCUCCAUGUGAUGCCAGGGCCGGAAUGACGUCAUAUUUUGGCUCCCGGCAUCAUUACACAGCGCAAGGGAGCAGAGAGGAGCCGCUGGAAGAGCACUGCUCCCUCACACGCUGCCCCAGCCUCCGCCUUGAUGCUCCACUGAGCCGGCCGCCUCCAUGAAGCCCAGUGCGGCCAGCUGCAACGCUCACUCAGGGGCCGUCAACAUGCUCCCGCGGGUGGACGGCCGGCUCCAUUAUUUGCCCAGCCAGGUGUUUUAGAUAAAAAAUUGACUUGGGAUUUGUCGAGCCCUGCCUUAAGGACACAUGACGUGUGACAUGUCAUGAUUCCCUUUUAUUGCAGAAGUUUGGUACUUAAAGGGUUAAUGUCCCAUACAAUUUAAGUGGCUCUGUCACCAUCUGCAUAAUUUAUAAAGACCCUUUAUGAUGACAUUGCUGCCGGGGGGGUGGGGGGCCGAUGGCCAUUGAGGCAGGGAAAGGUGAGCUCUAUUUAUCUGAACAUGUCCUUUGUGGGCUGCGCCGGCCUCUUCCUGCCGCUCUUCUUCAUGCGCAAGAGUACAGCAUUAAGGUUAUAGAAAAAGCUUUAUUUCCCUAUAGCUGUCACUGUAGGGGAAAUGAGAAGCUUGACUAAAGGUUAACACCCCUCUUUUGUCAGGCAGAGGAAAAAUACAAAGACUGAAUAGACCCUACUUUGUCUCAAUAUAUCUUAUACCUGUCACAGAUUAUUUUAUGAAGAUCUGGUCUUUAUGAAAUACUAAUGUUUUAGAGUGACAGAGCAACUUUAAUAAACUGGUUGCAUAUACAUACACAAAAUUUAAAAAAAAUGCUAAAUAAAUUAAAAGUGUGCAUGUAUUGGUAUUAAUUAUUUUGCAAUUACUGCAUAAAGGUAUACUCUAAGCACCAAAUCAACUUUAGUUCAAUUAAGCAUUUUUCAUGGCACAACAGAUCUUACAGCACAGUGUAUUUACAUUAGAAGUUAUCUGCUGAUCAUUUCAUUGAACCUUAACCCCUUAAAGAGACACUAUAGUCACCAGAACAUCCACAGCAUAAUGUAGUUGUUCUUGUGAGUAUAGUCAGUCCCUGCAGGCUUUUUAAUGUAAACACUACCUUUUCAAGAAAAGGCAGUGUUCACAAUACUGCCUAGUAACACAUCUAGGGGCAUUCACUCUACUUCCUGAGACAGUGCUUUAUGGAGAAGCUAAAUGUUCCCCAUAGAGAUGCAUUGAUUCUGUGCAUAUCUAUAAGGAGUUUAAUGAUUAGUGCUGCAUUUUUCUGUGCUUGUGCAAUAGCCUCCCUAUGCUUCACUAUAGGAAAGCAUUGGACUGGCUGAGAUUGUCAAAUUUGAUGAUCUCCGCCACAGAGAUGGGACUAGCCAUGGCAAGACGGUGCAGCGCUGGAAAAAUGACCUUUUUAAAGGAAGGCAAUGGGUGUUGGAAACCUGAACAGUGAUUUUUUUUAUUUUUUUUUACCACUAUAGUGCCAGGUAUACAUGUUUGUGUUCCUGACACUAUAGUGUUUAUGGAAAUACUUGGAAUUUAAGCUGCACUCACACUUAUUAUAUAUAAUUUUGUUCAGAAGAACAAAAAAGGGCUUUCAUUUCACAUUUUAUAUAAAUAAAUGAGCACUCUACGCAUUACCAACAAAAAGUGUAUUCACAAAGUUAAAGUAUAAAUCCCUCCUGGAUCUUUAUCAUUCCUGAUCCCAUCUGUUUAGUUUUUUGCGUUCCAUCCUUCUUCCUCUACCCUUGCUUGCUCAGAGUGUGUGCAUGCGCUUUGAGCCUGCAAAAUGGUCCAGUCAAAGUCUCAGUCUGUGUGGCAGGCUGGGGUAUUUAGUAAAAGAGGAAUAUGACAGAUUUAGAAUUCACAGUGGCACUCUGCAUGAUGCAAGCUUGACAAAGGCUCUUAGUAACCGAAACAUUACCCUUUAUACCUCACUAUAUCUGCCUGGUAUUCUAUCCUAUGUGUGCCUGGUCUUUCUUCUAUUUUGUUGGUUCCUGUUAAGAGCCAAAUUUCACUUUUCUGCUAAAGACCUAAAUUCACAUAAAGUGUGAUACGCUUAUUUGUAUCUGACCUCUGUACAGCACACACACACAUCUGACAAUGAUAAUUCACACGUUACUUUCCCGCUUUAUUGAUAUCAGCUUGAAGGAGUACAUUUUCACUUGAGUGUGGCUGAAAUAUAGAUAUCAUUUGGUUAAAUGAACUACAAUACCCAUGCUCCACAGCAUCCAACUCUACAAAAUGUUUGCUGAGGAUAAUACAAGAUAUAUUCAACAAAAGAUAGAAUCACUAGAGCUUUAAAAUAAAUAUCCUGGUAUUUUACCAAAUGUGUGCCCGGUCUUUUUCUUUUUUCUUGGUUCAUAUUUUAUUAGGAGAGAGAACACAGUAAAUGGGGGAAAAAAAACUCUAUGGUUAUUUGGCAAAGGAAUUGAGGAAUAAAACCAGCCCAACCAUAGCUGAAUAGCCACAGGUUGAUGCAUAGUUGUUUGUUUUUUCAUGAGAGGUCGUUGAAUGCUUCACAAAUUUUUUUUAUUUAUUUUUUUUGCUGUUUUUACUUUUAUUUUAUUUAUUUUUCUCCAGUUCUAAAAAAUAUUGGUAAAUAAUAUAUUUUUAUAUAAUCUAUUUUGAAAUUAUGUAUGUAUUAUAUUACUAAAAAUAAUAUUUAAAGCUAUGCUUGUCCAUUCUUACACCAUUCUUGAUAUACCUGUCUUGUAAAAAAAACCAAAAAACUUGAGCAUGCUUUUUUGGAUUUCUUUUUCCAGGUGCCAAAAUAAAGGAGAGGAAAUGUUUGUCUCACCACUUGAAUGUGGUGUUCCCACCAGCUUCUAUCCUGAUCAAGGUCUUGCCAGUAGCUUUCUACAGAUAGAACAGGAGUUGAAUUUAAGGCUGGCAGAACUUCAAUUUCAGGACCCUGUUAAGUAUGUUUAUAAUCCACUCUUAUAUGCCUGGGACCCACACGAGAAGUAUGUGCGGACAUACUGCCAGUCAAAGAAGGAUGUUCUCUUUUUAGGGAUGAAUCCAGGACCGUUCGGCAUGGCCCAGACAGGGGUAAGAUUUGUUUGUUGAGUAGUGAGUGAUUGAUUUUUAUUUGAUAAUUAAUUAAUUAUAACCCUGCUAGAAGAGCUUGCACACAGUAUUUUAGUCAGAGAGGUUUCAAUCUCUUUCAUUAACUCAUCUCUGGUACAGCAAUGUGUUUUGUAUCUGAUCAUAUUUGUUAUAAAUCUGCCAGCAUAUACUCCAUUAACACUGUUCCUGCAAUCCACCUGCAGAGCAUUGCUCUGUCAACACUGCCCCAGUUAUUUAGAACACCGCUUUUGUUAAUACCAUUAUCUGACAAGGAGACAGCAACUCCAGAGCAAAUUAUAUCCACUAAUAGCAGAUGGAAAGACUGACUGGGAGUGGGGGAUGUGACACUUUAUGAAAAAGGUCAGGUAGUCUUGCUGGCUGUGAUAAUUGGUUACACCUCUCCGUGCUACUCCUUCAUUAAGUUCUAUGAUGAUGUUGAGACCUUGCCAGAUUGCAUCAUCAUACCCUAAUCUAAAAAGUAGAGCGUUACAUGGUACAAUGUUAAGCUGUAAACUACAUCGCUAAAGCCUCUUGUAGCUGACAUGUCUACAGGCGUUACAAGGACAAACAGAAAUAAAUGUGUAUUAGGGUUUGUUGUAUAAAAUGUUCUUUUAAAGGGCAGCUGACAUUUCCCAGGAUUUUUAAUAUCAUGUUAUCUAUUUCUUUAUUUAACAAAUAUGUAUUUGCAGUUGUGAAAAAUAUAAUUAAAUAUAUAAAUCCACACCUCCUGUAACUGGGCACUUCAAUUUUAGCUCCCUGUCAAUCAUUUUUGUAAGACUUUGCACCUGGCAGCAUAGAGAAAGCAUACAUAGCAGACAUAAAACAAAAAGGGAAAUAUAUAAAUGUGAUCUAAAAAAACUGUUUUAAAAAAGUCGUUUAUUUCUGUAUCUAACCUGUCUGUAUAUAUUAAAGGAACACUAUAGGGUUAAAACCACCAUCUACACCCUGGUCCCCGUUCCGUUUGCCCCCCCAUAAUAUAGUAAAAUCUUACUUUUAUUCAAGUCUGCUGCUACUCUUGUACCUGUAUAUUAUACUCCACUAUAGAUGAAAAAAUUAAACAGUUUUAUUUGAUUACCUUAUUUGUGUUUUCUCUUUAUUUUUGUAGCAGGACUAGGUAGCUUGUGGCGUCUGAUAAACUAUAAUUGAGAUCUUCUGGAAUUAUAUUUUUGAUCCUGAUUUAUCUGCUGAAGUGCUUCAAUAAACUCCUGAUAUAGCAAUACCCCUACCUUAAUUUGCUAUAGCUGACAGUGUAUAUUACCACUUGGAGUUCCUUACCCACUCUAGAACUGUAUACAAGUGGUUCUAAGCACAGUUUUCACAAACAACUGAUCAUUCAUGAUCUAGAUUCAUCAGUAUAUACAUUGAAGUAGAAUUUAGUAUUUCCCAAGGAACAGACCAUAGAUGUUGAUUAAGAAAGGUUCAAGCACUGAUGUAGGAAUUAGUAUAACUAUUUUUUUUUUUUUUUUAAGAUAGAUGCUGAAUUAAUUUUCUAUUUUCACCUUCUUACUUUUUGUUUCUCCAUCAAAGGUUCCCUUUGGGGAAGUUAGCCAUGUGCGGAACUGGUUGUGUAUUGAAGGCGAAGUCUGUAAGCCACAGUCAGAGCAUCCGAAAAGACCUAUCCUUGGGUUUGAAUGUCCCAAUAGAGAGGUUAGUGGUGCCCGCUUUUGGGGUUUCUUCAAAUCCCUCUGUGGACAACCUGAAACCUUUUUUCAACACUGCUUUGUGCACAACCACUGCCCCCUCAUCUUCAUGAACCAGUCAGGGAAGAACCUGACUCCCUCGGACCUCCCAAAACAACAGAGGGACAAGCUGCUGGAUGUCUGUGACGAAUCCCUCUGUCAAGUAAUCAAGACUCUUGGGGUUAAAAUGGUUAUUGGAGUGGGCAGAUUCUCAGAACAACGGGCUAAAAAAGCUUUGGCAGCUGAGGGGAUUGAGGUGGAAGUAAAGUGUUUAAUGCAUCCAUCCCCCAGGAAUCCCCAAGCUAACAAAGGAUGGAACAGUGUGGCUAUGGCACAGCUACAAGAACUUGGCGUUUUGACCUUAUUCUCUAAUUGAAGGGCUCACCCAUAAUGCAAGCUGAAUUGCAUCCCGAUACACUACAGUAGGCCAUGCCUGGUAAAAACUAAAUAGCUAUAAUCAGGCUUGGCUUAUUUAUAUUUAACCUAUUUACAAGCUGUAUGUGGGACUGAAAUUUUUUUUUUAUAUUUUAUAUAGUUUUAUAUAUAUAUUUUUUUUUUUAAUUAAUGAGCUCAAAGAGAUAAACCUUUUUGAAAUGUUCGGGUUUCUUUGUUAAGCAUUGAUAAUACAUUAUGUGUUGGGUUUUGUAUGGUAAAAUAUUUAUUCUUGAAUCAAUACUAACUUGUAUUCUUAGUCUAAAUGGGAAAAAACAAGAUGAAGUUGGAUGCAAAAAUGUUUUGGUAAAAAUCUGUGAGUUUUCUGCACUGAAUUUUGAAUUUGUAUGCAAAUUUACCUAAUCUCUAUAUAUCCAGUAUAUGUAGCUAUUUCCUUCUUGUGCUGUACUGCAGUACUAUCCUAACAACCACUAUGUGGUGGGAGAGACUGAUUCAUGGGUAGCAGGUGUUUUUAUUUCCAACGAUGCCAUAUGCUGUGCCGUUAGUAUUUUCAGCUUCAGGACCCGCUGCGUACAGGGAGAGCUUAGGUAGCAAUAAGACAAUGCGGACAGCUCGUUACAAGUUCUAAUGUAUGUUUGGAUGAGCAGAAAGUCAAGGGGCAUGCUCAGACUGCUUUAUUGCCUUAAUAAAGUAGCCCAUCUUGUCUCAUUGCUUAUGUAAGCCAUUUUCUCUUAAUUAAAAGGAGGAAGUAUUAUUGGUUUAGUUUAGGGUUCUGACGCUGACUGCCUACAGGGCUGUUUUAUGUUAUCUGUGUGUGUAAUAUAUAUAUAUAUAUAGAGAGAGAGAGUUUGAGCAGUGUUUUAAAGGAAUACACUAAUAUAGAAAUAAGUACAAUGUAUGUUUAAUCAUUAAAAAAAAAAAUCAUAAAACGUGUGUGUUAUGCAGCACUUGGACAGACCCAUCAACGUAGCCCAAUAUACUUCUCCAGUAUUGAAGUUCACAGAAUUAAUCACUUUGAUCAGAUGGUUUUCAUAGAGCAGUAUUAAGGCCACAUACACAAGAAUGAUAUGUGAUCUUCAAUUGAUUGCAUCUUCAUAAUAUCUCUAUAUGUUAAGGAUUGGACACACACAGUGUCCCGUGUAAGCAUAUUUUGCAUACUGAUGUCAAAUUUCAUAUAGUAUCAAAAAUUUAAUCUAUUUUAGGCUGAAGUACCGAUUGGCUGUCUAAAUGACAGUUACUUUUAAGCACUUCACUUCAAAAUCAUUUUACUAAGCUUCUUAAAAUGUUUGUUCAGAGACUUCUCAUAAAGGUCUACAGUUUAAAAAUAAAAAAAGCCACAUGACUUUAUGUAAUAGAAUAAGUAUACCUACUGGAUUUAAAAAAAAAAAAAAUUAUUACAAUAUUUGACAUUUAUGUAAACCUUUGAGUACAGCAGGCAAUGUUUUUUUUGUUUAAUUAAACGUUUCCAUCUGGAAAGGAAAUUAUAAUUCUGACUGGUAUUUGGGAGUUUUGAAGGUCAGAAGCUCCAGACCCAUUCCACUUUCUUUAUAGCAUAAAGAAGGCUAUACCGGGAAAAAAUGGUAGGAGCCUUUAUAGUGGACAGGUCAGUGCCAAAAGAGGGCAGCCAAGCAGAAUUUCCCUCUCUCAGAAGAUGAGUGCCGUUAUGAGCUGUCAAACUAGCAGCCUCUGACUUAGAGGGCACCUAUCAUGCCCCAAACAAUUUACCAUUAGUUUCAGCAUACACAUUUCUAUCUGCAUUGUGGUAGCAGUUUUGCGAGCAAAUGUAUAGAUUAGGAGAAAACCUUAUGAAGUUUUGAAGUAUUGUAAAUAGAGCUAAAGCACUGCAUACAGGUUAUUCUGGGAUUAUCCCAGAGCACUUUACAGACUGAAGGGCCAUAACCUCCAUUCCAAAGUGUAACAGUGAGAUAGUUCCAGGCACUCAAUGGUGAAUCCAAAGCAGACUUUAUUGGAUACAAAAAGGCAACAUUUUGGCUUACAUUAAUUUUUAUCAAGCCUAAUAAAGACAUACGUGAGUUGAAAUGUGGCCGUUUCAAAACUUCCUAACAAGCUGAUACCAUAAACUACCAUGGCAACUAUUAGUUUGACAGCAUGGAUCACAGUUUUGUGCUUGGAACUGUGGAUAUUGUUUGCUGUAGUCUCUGAAUGUGCAUGCAUACAGCCGCGACCUUCACUCUCAGGGUCAGGGAAUGUGAGAUCUGGACUCAAAUGUUGUUUGUCCACACUAAGUGCUCGUGCUUUACAAUUUUAUUAAUUCUUAUUAUUAUUGCCAUUUAUAUAGCGCCAACAGAUUCCGUAGCGCUUUACAAUAUUAUGAGAGGGGGGAUGUAACUAUAAAUAGGACAAUUACAAGAAAACUUACAGGAACAAUAGGUUGAAGAGGAUCCUGCUCAAAUGAGCUUACAAGUCUAUAUCAUUCCUCUUCUGCCAAUACAAUAUAAUGUCAUGAUUUUAUUAAUGACACGGAGGUGAGUAUUAUGAUUUCUCUUUCUUUAAUAUAUUCCUCAGCAGCAAAGAGAAAAGUAUAGAAAGAGAAUAUGAAUAAAAAUAUCAAACAUAACCAACUCUGCCUAGUAACAGGGCAGCCAAUCAGGAUAUAGGAACAGUCUAUAAAGUGCUUUGAACUAGCCUCCAACUUCCUCUUAUUUUGCUGUUUCUCAGACCAGCUUAGUAUAUAUUCUCUCUCCCUGUGAAUUGCAAUUAAUGAUUGAUUUGUAUUCAUAGUUAUAUUGCUAUUUAGGCUUAUUUUUGGUCUCCUUGUGUGUUUUAUUGUGCGGUUUUGUUCCUGUGGGGCAGUGCUUUACUGGCUCUACCCCACUGGUGUCUGGCCUUGCUCCAUUGCCUGUGCUGAGUUCUGUAGCCACAGGCUGGGGCAUGCGGCUAUAGGCAGGGGUUUACUAUCUCCCUUUCCCCCACAUCCCCCGCCCCCUCCUUUCUACCCCUUCACAACCGCGAUAGUUCUCUGUGAUGCCUGAUCUCCCUGUCCUCGAACCCGGCAGUGCGGCAGUAUACCUGCACGCAUCAUUGUGCACUUGGGGAUCCUUGUGAAGAGAAUGAAAGUCUCUUCCAGGGGGGGAAAAGGGGAGGCACUUACAAGGGCUGCAGUCAUAAGAACUGCAGCUUUUGUCAUCUAUUUUAAACUAAAUUCCCAAUAAAUACAUACAUAAAAAUAUAUCUACUAAACUUUGUUUUUGUUUUUUUUG